AUGAGAAGCAAAAAACAGGAAUUAUUCAAAGCCAAUCGCGACUACGCAUCGCAUUAUUGGAUACAUUAUGAUGGAUCUGGUCAACCCAUUCUCCAUGCCGUCAGUGGCUUAUUCACAGUCAACAUACCGUACGACCUCCAUUCUGGCCAUCUCCGCAUCCACGGUAUCUGUAUCCGCAGUCGUGUCGUCCGUCCUUCGUCUCGCCUUUACGCUAAAGACAACGCUAGGAUGAAUGCCGUUUCAUUCAUCACCAAAGGAGAGGGAGUCCGCCGUUAUCAGCAUUCGAGGCGGCAGCAGCGUAAAGGCAGUAUCGUUGAUCAAGCAGGUUACCACAGGGCUUUCUCUCUUCGGGUGCUAUGGUGCAGUCUUACUUUCUGGCAUGCUGGGUUGAUCAACGUGAUCAACGUUCAAACUCGGAUUAGUGAUAUCAUCCUUCCACAGAUGAUCUUUGCUGCUGUACCGAAAUUCGCCAGCCUCGGACUCACUGACAUUACUACUUGCGGGGACAUUACUACUUGCGGGGAUAAGACUCUGCCGAAUUUCGGCCCGCCCUUUCUCGCGCUAUCUAAAUCGGACAUGAACGAUCCCGCACCGUUGUGA